UAAGGUUAGGUUUAGGGCUGGAAUACAUGGCUGGAACGUCUAUUACCGCGGGACCGUCACUCCACUGGAAAUCAUCCAUAACGCGGCGAGAACCAUAAGAACGGGAAGGUCACCUUUCGUGUUCCUCGGGAACGCCGCACACCGCCACAGACUCCGGAGCUUUAAGUGUAAAGUUUAUCGGGGAGGAGACUUCCGGGGGAAUCGAAACUUUUCUUUUUGCGAGUCUGUGUCUGAGAACGGUCGGUGGUUCCAGCUGUCGGUGGUUCGGUGAGGGUCAGCUGUAACGGGACUGUUACCGAGGAUGAAGAUGAUGACCGUGCUCCUCUUACUCAUUUCCCAGGAUGCAUCAGGGGUGGAGGUGAGGGUGUAUGAGGGGGUGGAGUCUGUCCUGCUGCCCUGUCAGGUACCAGAUAAUGUUUCCAGGAGCUCCACAUCAGCAGUGUGGGACCGUAAUGGGUUCAGUAACCCAACAGUUCACAUGCGUCUGCGGAGCAGAGAUGAUCAUUCAAAACAAAACCCUCGUUACACCAACCGAACGUCAAUGAGAGACGAUGCUCUGACGACUGGAGACCUCAGCCUCACUCUGAGGAACCCCACAGUCUUUGACAGUGGAACCUACAACUGCACCGCCCUGAAUGCUGGACAUGCUCAGAACUGGACUGAAGUACAGCUGAAGGUCAAAGAAACUCCUCCAGUCUGGCCUAAAGUCCUCUCCGCUGUGCUGGGUACUCUGAUCAUCCUGGCUGCUGCCUUUGGUUUGUUUGUGUACCGUGCAUAUAGAAGGAUGAAGAACAGAGAAGCUCUACAGCCAGAGGUGGUGGAGGUGCCACAGGGGGAGGAGUCUGUCCUGCUGCCCUUUAAAACCAUGGCUUACCUUCCUCAGGAUGUCACAGUGGAGUGGAGACUCACUGAACCCAAGCACAUGAAGGUCCACGUGUAUGAGAGUGGAAACAAUCAGCCAGAUAAACAGGACCAGGGUUACAGAGGUCGCACAGAGAUGGAUGAAGAUCCACUGAGAACUAAAGACCUCAGUCUGACCCUGAAACACCUCCACCUCACUGACAGUGGAGUCUACACCUGCACCGUCUACAACAAGGAUGGACACAUGCUGCUACAGAAAUCAGUGAUUCUCAGUGUCAGAGUCAACAAAGUGGAGGCAGUGGAGGUGACAAAGGGGGAGGAGUCUGUCCUGCUUCCCUUUAAAUUCCCAGCUGACCUUCCUCAGGACGUCACAGUGGAGUGGACACACAACAACAUGAAGGUCCACGUGUAUGAGACUGGAAACAAUCAGCCAGAUAAACAGGACCAGGGUUACAGAGGUCGCACAGAGAUGGAUGAAGAUCCACUGAGAAAUAAAGACUUCAGUCUGACCCUGAAACACCUCCACCUCACUGACAGUGGAGUCUACACCUGCACUGUCUACAACAAGGAAGGACACAUGCUGCUACAGAAAUCAGUGAUUCUCAGUGUCAGAGAGUACGAGAAGGCGAUGGUGACAGAGGGGACAGAGUCUGUCCAGCUGCCCUUUAAGAUCACAGCUGACCUUCGUCAGGACGUCAAAGUGGAGUGGAAUUACAAAAAAAUGAAGGUCCACGUGUAUAAAAGCGGAAAAAAUCAGCUAGGUAAACAGCAUCAGGGUUACAUAGGACGCACAGAGAUGAAGGAAGAUCCACUGAGAACUAAAGACCUCAGUCUGACCCUGAAAUAUCCCCACCUCACUGACAGUGGAGUCUACACCUGCACCGUCUAUGGCAAGGAUAGACACACUCUGCUACAGAAAUCAGUGACUCUCUGUGUCACAGUGGAGAAGCACAUUGUGACACAGGGGGAGGAGUCUGUCCUUCUACCCUUUAAAACCACAGCUGUCCUUCCUCAGGACGUCACAGUGGAGUGGAGACUCACUGAACCCAAGCACAUGAAGGUCCACGUGUAUGAGACUGGAAACAAUCAGCCAGUUAAACAGGACCAGGGUUACAGAGGUCGCACAGAGAUGGAUGAAGAUCCACUGAGAACUAAAGACCUCAGUCUGACCCUGAAACACCUCCACCUCACUGACAGUGGAGUCUACACCUGCACCGUCUACAACAAGGAUGGACACACUCUGCUGCUACAGAAAUCAGUGAUUCUCAGUGUCAGAGAUGUUGGGAUGGAGAUGGUUGUUACACAAGGGUUAAAGUUUGUAAUGCUGCCCUUUAUAAUACCACAUGACCUUCCUCGGGGUACCACAGUGAAGUGGAGACACAACAAUGUGACAGUCUACAGGUGCAUACAUGUAAAUGUUAACUCACAGUACCAGGAUUACAGAGGUCGCACAGAGAUGAAUAAUGGCGCCCUGACAACUGGAGACCUCAGUCUGACCCUGAAAGACCUCCACCUCACUGACAGUGGAGUCUACACCUGCACCGUCUACAACAAGGAUGGACACAUGCUGCUACAGAAAUCAGUGAGACUCAGUGUCAGAGAUAAUGAAGUGAACAUGGUGGAGGUGACCCAGGCGAAGGAGACUGUCCUUCUGCCCUUUAAAACAACAGCUGACCUUCCCCAGGACGUCACAGUGGAGUGGACACGCUCAGGCACCAAACACGCCAAAGUCUACGUGUUUCAGAAAAGGAAAAGCCAGGUAGAAGAACAGGACCAGGUUUACAGAGGUCGCACAGAGAUGAAGGAAGAUCCACUGAGAACUAAAGACCUCAGUCUGACCCUGAAAGACCUCCACCUAACUGACAGUGGAGUCUACACCUGCACCGUCUACAACAAGGAUGGACACAUGCUGCUACAGAAAUCAGUGACUCUCACAGUCACAGAAACCUUGAUGGGAGCCAUGGCAGACAUGCUUCCGCGUCUCAGGAGGAGGAGGAGGGCACCAGAGGAGCUGAGGAAAAUGUAAAGACAGGCUGACGGAGAACAGCUGCCUCAGAGUGCAUCUCAUACACCCGGACUUCAGUGGAGAAACACCACUCUGCAGUAAAGUGGAGUCACCACUCUUCAGUCUAUGCAGACUACGUCACAAUCGAAAAGCCUAAUAAAAAAGAAUGUCAUUGUAAUCAGUACAAGGACAGUAAAGUUGUCAGUCACGCUGGUUAGAAAACCAUAAAGAUGUCAGUAAUAAAACAGAGAAACACACUCUGCUGUUGUGUUGCAUCCACCUGCACAAACACACUCAUGUU